AUGAUCGCCGUGAAAACGAAAUCCCGAUUAAGGGCGCAAAAAUCGAACAUUGUAUUAGCUUUGCUUGCAUUGACUGACUUUUUUGUUGGAAUACUUGCUCAGCCCAUCUUCACUGCAGGGACGAUUUCUAUCUUGCUUCAGGAAAGCGAUUGCCAGUCAGGUGUCAUUCAAAUUGGUUUCAUAGUUCUCGCAAACUGGUUGUUCACUAGCUCAGUACUUCACCUGGCGUUAGCGAGUGGCGAGCGCUAUUUAGCCAUUAAAUACCCAUACCAACACAUUACCAUCGUCACCGAGUCUCGUUUGCUGGUUGCGUCUCUUCUAACGUGGCUUUGGCUGUGA